AUGAUGCGAGCCGAAAUGACCGAGUCCGCGCUAUCAGUAGCGCUGUUCCUGCUGCCAUGCGCAGUCAUCCUAGAGCGUUGCAUUGCAGACUGGUCUCUAUUCGCCCUGCACCCGGCGCUAAACUCGUUGGCCACGCUUGUGUGUUUGCCCAGUGCGUUGCAAGCGAUGCUGCAACGAAAGAACGAGACGAAGAUUGCAAAACGUGUCAGGCUUACUCGGCUGCACCUGCUACUCAAUACAGUGGCUGGAGUAUUAAUAGUUGCGGCAGGCAUCGUAGUUUUCAUUGCGAAACAAUUGGAUGGUGACGAUCGGCACUUAUCGACGCCACAUUCGUGGGCAGCUCUAGUGACGGGACUGUUCUUCACAUUGAACAUGUUCCAUGGACUGUUACUGACCUUUGAAGGUUCAAGACCCAAUUGGCAAUGGAAGGACGAGACCCACGCAAUCACAGGCGUGCUCAUCUACAUCGGGAGUGUUGCAACAAUGCUCUACGGGCUGCAAACGAGCUCGUGGGGGACAAAGGCUUUUCGUCCAGAAAGACAGUUCCAGCUCACAGUGCUCAUUGUUGCAGCCCAUGUGAAUCUGCUGAAGAAUUUGCUCGUCCUGGAGCGUCGAGAACGUCACUCGGUUGUCGUCAAGAGAGCAGCUCCCAUCGCUUAA